AUGACUGGAAAAUUCCAAGACCAAGUCGUCCUCAUCACUGGAGCUGCCAGUGGAAUUGGCCGUGCAACCACACUCAAGUUAGCAGCCCUCAAUGCUUCUCUCGCCCUUUGCGACAUCAACACUACUGCCCUCUCGAACCUAGCCUCAGAACUCCCAAAUGACUCAGUUCUUACGCAAAAGGUUGAUGUUGGCUCCGAGUCGGAUGUGAAGUCAUUUACAUCUGCCAUCUUGGAGAAGUUCGGCAGACUGGACCAUGUGUUCAAUUGUGCGGGCAUCAAUCCCACCAAUAUUCCCUUCGAGGAGACGACCCUUGAGUACUGGGAUAAGCAGUGUAACACAAACUUGAAGGGCGUUUUCCUCAUUACGCGAGAGAGCUUGCCGUACUUGAAGAGGGGCUCGAGCAUCGUCACCGUGUCGAGCAUGAGUGGCACCCGUGGGACACCCUUGCAAUCUGUCUACAGGUAUUCAACCAGCAUCUAUCUUCUCAGGAAGAGGAAAUUUGCUAACUUCAUCACAACCGAAACACCCUUGCUGUUCCUGAAGAAACUGCUAAUCGGGACGCCAAUAGAUACAACCAAACAUGGAGUAAUCGGGAUGAUGAAGAGUCUUGCCCACGAGGUCGGUCCCAAGGGGAUUCGUGUCAACUGCGUAGCCCCGGGAUACAUCAACACCCCUACUAACUCCGGCAUUGUACGCGGAGGUGAGAUCGUAGAGAAAUGGUCUAAGGCUUGCGCUUUGGAGAGAUGGGGCACACCAGAGGACGUUGCGGAUGUGGUGAUUUUCUUGUUCUCGGACGAAUCGAGAUAUGUGAGCGGAUCGGUCUACGAGGUUGACGGCGCGGUUAGAUGCGACAAGCAGUUGUUGUUACGUUUUGCCAUAGCAAUGCUGACCGUCGGAAGCAAUCCCGGGCACCUUAUCCCGGGUUCUCAGAACCCCCCACCAUUCGGCCCAGCGUCCGAUCGCGGUACUUACAAGUCAAUGUUGAUUAAUAGCCUCAAAGAGCGCGUCAUCCUUGGGUUGAUGACCUAUGGCCCGGAUGAGAAUGCAGGAGCGCGCAUCCUAGAACUCGAUGAGUUCAACAGACACCUGGAUUACUUCCAGGGCCAAGGCUACAAUGAGGUCGACACCGCGAGGAUGUACGUGAGCGGCAAGCAAGAGGCCUGGACCCGUGAUGCCAAGUGGAAGGAGCGUGGCUUGACUUUGGCAACCAAAGUCUAUCCCGAGGAUCCUGGCAUGCACGAGCCAGCCCGACUACGAAAGCUCAUCACAAGUUCGUUGAAUGAACUUGGCUCCGGCGAAGUGGAUAUAUUCUAUCUUCAUGCGCCUGAUCGCUCGGUCCCGUACGAGGACACGCUGGCAGAGGUGAACAAGCUCUAUCAAGAGGGGAAGUUCAAGCGACUAGGCCUUUCUAACUACGCAGCAUGGGAAGUUGCCGAGAUCUAUACUAUUGCGAAAGAACGAGGCUGGGUGAGACCUAGUAUCUACCAGGCCAUGUACAAUGUGAUCAAGUCUGAGCUUGUCCCAUGCUGUCGUAAAUUUGGCAUGGACAUCGUGGUCUACAAUCCUUUGGCCGGUGGCUUGUUCUCGGGAAAGAUCAAGUCUGCAGAUCUUGCGCCAACCGACGGACGGUUCUCUGACUCUUAUAAGUACGGGAAGCUGUACCGGGAUCGUUUCCUGAACAAAGCCAACAUGGAGGCCCUGAAGAUUGCCGAGGAGGCAAUACAGAAGCAUGACUUGACACUGCUAGAGACUGCGAUAGGAUGGGUCAUCCACCACUCGGCGUUGAAAACCAGGGUCAAAGGCGGCAAUGACGGUGUUGUCAUCGGUGUGAGCAAUUUUCAGCAGCUGGAAGGAAAUCUGAAGGAUUUUGAGAAGGAUCCCUUGCCAGAGGAUGUUGUGCAAGCACUGGAUCGGGCCUGGCUGGUAGCGAAGGCUACAGCCGCUCCGUAUUGGCGAUAG